AUGCGGAUCGGCCAGAACCUGGGCGCGCUUGUCGCUGCGUCUGUCGCCAUUGCGGCUUCAUCAGGAGAGCCCUUCAUCGCCCAAAGUACUUUGAUAUCGAUCGAGACGCCAUUGGGCAGACCAACAAGCAUACCGGCUGCCCUUGAGAGCGGUACUAGCUUGAGACUCGUACCGUCUGCCAACGCAACCACUCCUUUUACUACGGCAACCUCACCCGCCACGACUCCCAAUACCACCACGUCGCACACGGCAGAGCUGACUGGAGGCGCCAUUCCACAGCAGAUGCAAGCUUCCAUGGCUGGUCUUCUGGGAUUUUGCAUCAUGGGUCUUGUCAUGUUAUAA